CGCUCUUUAACAUUCGUCUUUCCAAACAAGCCGUAACAAUAUAAGACAUCCAAAACGGCAAACCACUCUCUUUAAAACGAAAAAUGCCGAAACUCGCUUUCCGACUUCGAGUCGGCUCUGUAUCGUCUUCAACUGCCUCGACCAUGCUUUCGUCCUCGUUUUCCUCUUCUUCUUCUUCGUCGAUUAUCGCUCUCAGAAACAAAAACCCUAGUUUUCUUUUCUCUUCCUCUUCGUCUCGGCUCUUCAGCAAUGGAGCUCUCAACAACCAAGUCGUUUUCUCCUCUCACUUCCCUCGCGCCGUUUCUCUUCGGUGUUUCGCUUCUUCCAGCGGAUUCGAUCGAGUUCAAGUUCUAAAUCCGAUCGUCGAAAUGGACGGUGAUGAAAUGACGAGGAUCAUUUGGAGUAUGAUAAAAGAAAAACUUAUAAUUCCUUAUUUGAAUUUGGACAUAAAAUACUUCGAUUUAGGGAUAUUUAAUCGGGAUGCGACUAACGACCAAGUCACCAUUGAAAGUGCUGAAGCAGCUUUGAAGUAUAAUGUUGCCAUCAAAUGUGCCACAAUAACUCCUGAUGAGACAAGAGUCAAGGAAUUUGGGCUGAAAUAUAUGUGGAGAAGUCCCAAUGGCACAAUUAGAAACAUCUUAAAUGGUACUGUCUUUCGUGAACCUAUCCUAUGCAAGAAUAUACCAAGAAUUGUUCCUGGUUGGAAGAAACCCAUAUGUAUUGGCAGGCAUGCCUUUGGUGAUCAGUAUCGUGCCACUGAUAAAGUAAUUACUGGACCAGGAAAGCUUAAGAUGGUUUUUGUCCCAGAAGGUGGAGACAAGCCAGUGGAGCUUGAUGUCUAUAAUUUUAAAGGUCCUGGUGUAGCACUUGCUAUGUAUAAUGUUGAUGAGUCAAUUCGUGCUUUUGCUGAGUCCUCUAUGUCAUUGGCUUUUUCAAAGAAGUGGCCUCUUUACCUCAGCACGAAGAACACUAUUCUGAAGAAGUAUGAUGGCAGGUUUAAGGACAUAUUCCAGGAGGUGUAUGAACAAAACUGGAAGAACAAGUUUGAAGAACAUUCUAUAUGGUAUGAACAUCGACUAAUUGAUGACAUGGUAGCAUAUGCCCUAAAAAGUGGAGGGGGCUAUGUCUGGGCAUGCAAAAAUUAUGAUGGAGAUGUCCAAAGUGAUCUACUUGCGCAAGGAUUUGGCUCUUUGGGCCUGAUGACUUCUGUGUUGUUGUCAUCUGAUGGGAAGACACUAGAAGCUGAGGCAGCUCAUGGGACUGUAACACGACAUUUCAGGCUUCAUCAAAAGGGACAAGAAACCAGUACAAACAGUAUUGCCUCCAUAUUUGCAUGGACGAGAGGGCUGGAGCACAGGGCCAAACUAGAUAAAAAUGAAAGGUUGCUGGACUUUGUUCACAAGUUGGAGGCUGCUUGUAUUGAGACAGUGGAGGCAGGAAAAAUGACCAAGGAUCUUGCCAUAUUAAUCCAUGGACCCAUGGUAUCAAGAGAGUCAUACUUGAACACAGAAGAAUUCAUUGAUGCUGUUGCAGUAAAUCUUGAGUUGAAGCUUCGGGAGCCAGCUUUGUGCAAGUAGAUACUUCUAUUAAGCUGUCAAUCCGGUAAUUUCCAACGAACAAAGAAAUUUUUUUGAAGGCACCAUGUACUCUGUUAGGACUCGUUCACCUUUUUCUUUUGAUUUAAAUUUGCCAAGUAGGUAGUGUAGCUCCAUUUAAACACAAUAAUUUCAACGGGUCAUUCUUAGAUAAGACGAGAAAUGAGCCUGCUCGACAAUGGAAAGUUGCUUGCCCGGAGAUUGAUCCUAUAAGAAAACUACAAACAGAUCAUAAUUAACCAUUUAUCAAGUUUGGAUUUGUGAUAAAUGUUAAUCUUAAAACGUAGAAUUCAAUAAAGCGAAAGUAAAUGUUGAGAGUGACAUGUUUUCCAUGUACAUUAUAUGUAGCCACAUGGAUGGCAAUGGAACAGACAAAAAUGCCACUUGGCAAGCACAUGAUUAUAUCACAUCAAUUAUUUAAUUCUAA